ACGUCUUUGCUUUGGUCGGUAGCCGAAACGGCAUCGAACUUUAGAAUGACCAGAAACUAAGUCCGAAUCAGUAACACUCGUGGAAUUAAAGUGGAGACAUGCCAGUAGGACUGUUUCCUAGCAACAGAUCAAGACGUAUCUAUAGGAGCCAGGCGGUACAGCAGGAUGUCUAUAGAAGCUGAGGCGUUACUGCAGGAGGCUAAGGAGAGUAUAGAAGCAGCUCAGAAUUACAGGAGCGAACUACAACAACGACUACAUGGACUCAGCCAAGCACGCAAACAGGUACGAGGCAGCUCGUCUCAGGCCAGAGAGGGGUUGAAGCGUCAUUUCUCAGAGCUCCAGACGGCUGUGACCCGCCUCCUGACGGAGCGUCUGAGCGUGCUCCUUAGCGAGGUGGAUGUCAUCGAGCAGGACAGCGUUCGACCGCUGGACGACUGCCAGAAACUCAUCGAACACGGAGUCAACACUGCAGACGAGCUGCUCCGAGAGGGUGAGGUAGCUAUCCGUUGUGGUCUGGGGGAGAAGGAGGACCUGCUGGGGUGUUUCACCAAGAAGGCCCUUCAGAUCCAUCUGGACAGCCUCCCGGAGGUACCAGUGUUAGUAGACGUGCCGUGUGUGUCUGCCCAGCUGGAUGACUCUCUGCUGUACGCGGUGAGAGACAGAGUGUCACGACACGGAUCAGUCUCUUCACACCCUCCAGUCCAGAUAGAGGAGCUCCAGGAGAGACCUGGCAGUGUGUUAGUACGCUGGUGUAAGGUGGAUGAUGAGUUUGCGGUGCAGGACUACCGUCUGCAGUAUCGUCGCUCAGUGUCUGGUCAGUACCCAGGUCAGUACGAGGACACCUACAUCGGGCCGGAGCAGGAGUUCCUGGUCCUACACCUGGACCCCCACACUGAUCAUCUGUUCAGGGUGUGUGCCCGGGGGGAGGGGCGUACCGAGUGGAGCCCCUGGAGCGUCCCACAGACAGGAUACACCACACUGGCACCCCAUGAGUGGUGUCCAGGCAGUGAGGGCUACAUCCUCAGCAGUAGAAGGAACAUCGCCAUGCGGAGUGACUCGUCCCCCUCUAAAGCUGGGGUUCUCUACUCCAACGCCCCGACCUACUUCUGUGGACAGACGCUCACCUUCAAGAUCUCUGCCACCGGCCAGGUGGACAAGCGGGACAGUAUCGGGGUGUGUGGGGGGUGUGAGGGAGAGACAGAGUCUCUGCAGAGGGACCAGGCUGUCUGCAUCUCCACCAACGGAGCAGUGUUUGUCAACGGUAAAGAGAUGACCAACCAGCUGCCUUCCAUCACCCUCGGCUCUGCUGUGACCUUCGAUAUGGAAGUGGUCAACCUACUUCCUGUUAGCAACAACAACCUUAGCGACGGAGGCAACUUCAAGCUGAGGGUUACGAUUGGCUCAGGGAACCGGGAAGUGGUGUUUGAUUGGCUGCUGGACCAGGGGGUGGACUGCCUGUUCUUUGGCUGCUCCUUAGCCCACCCUGGUUGGAAGGUGCUGGUGUUCUGAGGCUGCUGAUUGGACAGCAGACCUGUCAGUCAACACAAAGGGACAAGCAGGGUAACAGUCCUGUCUGCUGGAGUUGUCCUGUCCCAAAUCAACCCCUAGACCCAACCCCUUAGACCAGUGCUAUUCAAACUUUUUUUUAGCAGGGACCCUAUUUUGCUGUGUGCAAUUUCUCAUGAACCCAACCCAAAAAUAAUUUUUAAAAACCAGUACAUUUUAGAUUUUUACAUCCACGAAUAACCCUUAAUUCAUUACAUUUACAAGAAACCAAAAUAAAUAUACUUUUCAAAUA